AUGUUCCAAGCCCAGCGGGACCAACGCAGGCCAUCUUUAUCACGAGGCCCAGACACGAGCUCCGAGUCGGACAACAGCGAAGCUAGGGAGGGCCCAGAAGCUCCCCUAAAAAAGGCCGACAUGCGCAGGCUGCUGAAAGAGGCCACCACCGAUAUCAAGGCCCACGCAGCCGCAGAGUUGAAAAGUCACAUCUCAGGCCUCAAAGAGGAAAUAGACACACUUACCUCACGCAACACGCAGGCUGAAACGCAAAUCGAAGGCCUACUUGACAAAACAAACACCUACGACUGGGACCUCGCAGUAGCCUACGACAAAAUCACAUGGUUAGAAGACAGUGUGGAGGACCUCAACAACCGCUCCCGUAGAAACAACAUACAGAUACGAGGCAUGCCAGAAACCAUCCCCACGGAAGCCAUCGUACCGACCCUGUGGGAACUGUUCCAGUUGCUUAUCCGAGAGGCCUCCGCCCGGGAGCUUACAAUCGAGAGAGCACACAGGGCCCUGCACCCCCCGGCCCUUAAGCCUACAGCCCCCAGGGAUAUCAUAGUCCGCAUGCUACAUUUCGCAACGAAAGAACAACUCAGGACUGCGACGAGAGGUAAUCCGCCCAAGCUGCAGGACCAUAUGCUCCAAUUCUUCCAGGACCUGGCCCCAUCAACCCUAUGUAAACGACGGGAGCUGAAACCUCUAACCACUGCCCUCUCCCAGCAAGGCUGGAGAUACAUGUGGGGCCAACCUUUCAAACUGAUAGUGAAGAAGGACAAUCAGACCCACACUCUUCACCAGGUACAAAAUGCGAAACCUUGCAAAGCACCUAGCCCUAGCACUCCACCCCACAACCGCUAUUCAAUCAACAGGACGUCAACCUGA